UCUGGAUCCCUUUAUUUAUUUUUUGCUGCGCCCAUUUUGGUUGUCUUGUUUUAUUUUAUUUUGCCUUUAUACUUUAUACUUUAUUCUUGUUUUUUUUGUAAAUGUAAAGGACACAAAAUGAAUAACUCUGAAAGCGACAGUGACGAUUUUUUCAGUGAAAUUCGCGCACUCCGGCAGAAAUUUGGACUUUCCAAAGCCAAGGCUAAAACCAAAAUCCCAGCACACACACCGACCAGAGACCAACCAAACGCCACCACUUACAGCACCCACAGCAAUUCACCAGCCCCCACCAUGCCCAUCGUGCCCAAACAAGCAGCACCAGUACCAGCAACGACAUUGCAUAACCCUACAAAGCUUUCAGGCUCAAACAGCAAGAAUAUCACACCAGGAGAACUCGCAGCGCUGCUUCUGCCCCGCAACACAAAGAGGCACAAGGCAAAUCGGCGAACAAGCACGGGAAUAACCGUACCACCGGUGAGAACGCCAGAAUCCGAAAUAGUCAAUGCGCAGUCACCACUAUUCCGAACUUCAUUACACAUCGUGUCGCCGGCGCUAAGCUCACCUGCGAGUCCACUGUGGUCCCCGAUCAGGAGACCAUUCGAACUCCAAGGGUCGCCCACUCCCACCACCACUUCAGCAGCAGCAGCAGCAGGCUCAUUAGCAGUGGCAGGAGAGGAAUCAGCGGAUAUGGUUUUCGACUUGGCCAGCCUGGAUGCUUCCGAGUCGGCUAUUGGCCCACUGGGCGACCUAGAGGAAACCAUGAUGACAGAGAGAAACCUUGACCAAGCGAGACUCAAACUCGGACAGUUGCAGGCAGAAACCGAGCAGCAGAUAAUAAAGGAUUUGCGCGAUAGAUUGGUCGGAUACACAGCAGAGGUGGAAUUCCCAGCUGCUGCGGUUGCGUGCAAAUGGUGGUCAUCGGUUUUGCUCUGCCAGCUCCGUACAAUGGGCCAUGGCGAACUGGCGUUUUCCGACCAGGCAGUGGUUUGGCGCGGCCAAAUUAUUGGCCCCAUUAAGCCUGUUGGCGAAGUCGCUUCUGUGGUGGAUUCCGCUGGCGAUGGUGCUAGUGGCGGCGGCCAGAUGGAGGAUGUUGUUUUGGAGUUUCCGUGGUUGAAGGUCACGGCCUUGCGCAGGAAGUCUAUUGACAACGAUGAGUUUAUCAUGGUCACUGUGGAUGAGGACAUGGCUGUGGCGUUUCAGAUCACCACCUUGCGGUUAUCUGAGAAUAUCGACCAGCGCGUUGCCGAUAUGAGCGCGCAAAUCUCUAGGACGCUGAAACACCGCGCCCAGAAGCAGCAGCAGCAGAAGCAGGAGCAUCAGCAGUGCGAUUUACUACCGGAUACCUUGCGAGAAACUGCCACCUUGGUUGAAUCGCUGCUGAGGCUGGCCUCUCGCCACAGCGACCAGCAGUUCAGCACCCUGAAUAUUGAGCGCACAAUGGCAGCCCCGGACUUCCUAAAAGUAGCCAGCGACCUCACAAGCCAGUUCAGCAGGCGGCUAGGCACCCUGGCUCUGGAACAUCAACUGGCAGACGAAGACUCGGGCACAGAGACACUGCCUGGAACAUGCACACUCUGCUACACCACAUUCGAAGCCAUCGUGCUUUCACCCUGCGACCACCGACUCUGUGAAACCUGCUUCUUGAAACUCCGCCAGGACCUCCCCCAGCUAUCACAGCCUACUGAGGAUCCACUUUCAGAUUCAGUAGUGUGCAUUUGCCCGUGGGACAGAAUCCUCAUUACUGAAUGGACUACACUAUUGAAAAUGUAAUUUGGAAUUUCCAGACAUUUAUAGCGAAAGUCCAGAUUUUUAAGCGGGGGAUUUUCAAAACCCGUUUUUCACGCAAAAAGAC